CAAAAAAUAAAAACAAAGUUGGGACUUUUCUCAAUCGCAGUUUCUUCUUCUUCUUCUUCUUCUUCUUCUUCUUCUUCUUCCCAAAGUUCGCAGCUUUUCUUCACUCUCUUAGAUUCAAGCGUAUUCUUAUCGAGGGAUUCGGGUCUGGAGUAAGCGGAACUGGAACUUUGUUUCUGAAGUGCUGGUUGUUAGUGCUUUGGGGGGGUUAAUUUUUGGGCAUACAACGAGGAGUUUUUAUAGGUUCUGAUGGCUAGACGGUACAGUAGUGAAUCAAGUGAUGAUGAUGUGAGGGGAGGAAGAGAUAGGAACCGUCAGCAUAAAAGUAGAGUUGAGUCCAGGUCAGACAAUCAUCUUGAGCAGGGUGAGAUAGAUUCCUCAGAUUCUGAUAAAGAUAAUAGAACAAAGAGACAAGGGAAAUUGAAUGAGGAGGAGGUUAGGGAAAGGUCCAGUGAGGGAGAUGCCAGUGAUAGACAUGGAAGGUGGCGGGGUGAUCGUCAAGAUAGGGAUCAACACACUUCUGAUGAAGAGGCUGAGAGGGCUGAGAAAGGCAGGGGUGAAAGGGAAAGGAAAGUGGAAAAUGGGAGCAGACAACGUGAAAAUGGGAAUGGUGAUAGGGGGAGAGGAGAUAGAAGUUCUGAAGAAGAUGAUGAGCGACUGAAGAGAUACCGACAUGAGGGUCGACAUCGAAGGCGGGAGAAUGAGGAUGGUAGAAAAAGGGACAGGCCUUCACGUCAUUACCCUGAGCACAGGGAUGAGAGGGAAGACCGCAGAAUGUCAGAACGGAGAAGGGAUGGUAGAGAUCAAAGGCAAAGUAGGCAUAGAAACUGGGAUGAUGAUGGUGAUAGAAAAUAUCACGGAAAUAAAGAGGUGAAUGAGAGACGAGACGACACUAAGCGAGAUGAUAGGGUACUUCAAAAUUCCAAGCCCCAAGGACAGUCAACAUUGCGAGAGGGAAAACCAAAUACGAAUAUUGCUAGUUUGGGAAAGACUGGUGGAGUUUAUAUUCCGCCCUAUAAAUUGGCCAGAAUGAUGAAAGAGGUCGAAGAUAAAAGUAGUGUCGAGUAUCAGCGCUUAACAUGGGAUGCCCUGCGAAAGAGCAUUAAUGGGCUUGUCAACAAAGUCAAUGCUGCAAACAUUAAAAAUAUUAUUCCAGAAAUUUUUGCGGAGAAUCUUAUUCGUGGAAGGGGUCUCUUUUGUCGAUCCUGUAUGAAGUCUCAGAUGGCUUCUCCAGGCUUUACAGAUGUAUUUGCUGGCCUGGUUGCUGUUGUUAACACCAAGUUUCCUGAGGUUGGUGAACUGUUGUUGAGAAGAAUCGUCUUGCAGCUUAAGAGAGCUUUUAAACGAAAUGACAAGCCACAACUGCUUGCUGCUGUUAAAUUUAUUGCGCAUCUUGUCAACCAACAAGUGGCUCAUGAGAUUAUUGCAUUGGAAUUGCUCACUGUGCUGCUCGAAAAUCCUACUGAUGACAGUGUUGAAGUUGCUGUUGGCUUUGUCACAGAGUGUGGAUCAAUACUGCAAGACCUUUCACCUAAAGGGCUCCAUGGCAUCUUCGAGCGCUUUCGUGGAAUUCUGCAUGAAGGAGAAAUUGACAAACGGGUUCAGUUUUUGAUUGAAGGCUUAUUUGCAUUACGGAAAGCCAAGUUUCAGGGGCACCCAGCUGUUCGUCCAGAACUGGACCUUGUAGAGCAAGAAGACCAGUUAACGCAUGAGAUUUCCCUUCAGGAGGAGGAUAUAGAUUCAGAAGUUACCCUUGAUAUUUUUAAGCCUGAUCCUGAUUUCAUUGAGAAUGAGAAGCGCUAUGAAGAGGUGAAGAAAACAAUUCUCGGUGAAGACUCUGAGGAUGAAGGUUCGGAUGCAGCUUCAGAUGGUGAGGAUGACGACGACGAUGACGAAGAUGAUGAAGAUGAAGAGGAUGAGCAGCAAAUGAAAAUUAGAGAUGAGACAGAAACAAAUCUCGUGAAUCUUCGAAGGACAAUAUAUCUGACUAUCAUGUCCAGUGUAGAUUUUGAGGAAGCAGGUCAUAAGCUCCUUAAGAUUAGGCUUGAGCCAGGGCAAGAGAUGGAGCUAUGUGUCAUGCUUUUGGAAUGUUGCAGUCAGGAGAGAACCUACCUUCGUUAUUAUGGUCUUUUGGGACAGCGAUUCUGCAUGAUCAACAGGAUCCACCAGGAAAACUUUGAGAAGUGUUUUGUCCAACAGUAUUCGAUGAUUCACCGGCUUGAAACGAAUAAGCUACGUAAUGUAGCCAAGUUUUUUGCGCAUUUACUUGGAACAGAUGCUCUUCCGUGGCAUUGUUUAGCCUAUAUACGAUUAACCGAAGAGGACACCACUUCUUCUUCUCGUAUAUUCAUCAAGAUCCUUUUCCAGGAACUCUCGGAGCAUCUUGGUAUUCGUCUGCUUAAUGAGCGGCUGACGGAUCCUGCAAUGCAAGACUCUUACGAAUCUAUUUUCCCAAGGGAUAAUCCCAAGAAUACCCGUUUUGCUAUUAACUUUUUCACAUCCAUUGGGCUUGGUGGCAUCACUGAGAAUCUGCGGGAGUAUUUGAAACACAUGCCACGCCUUAUCAUGCAACAACAACAAGAAGCAGAGUCAGAUGCAGAAACCAACAGUUCUGGUUCAUCAGACUCAGAGUCAGCUAGUUCUGAGUCUGAAUCAGAAUCAGAAUCAGAAUCAUCAAGCUCUGAAAGUGAAAGUGAUCGGGACGAAAAACGCAAGAAGAAGCGGAGGAGACAUUAAUCUCUUUACUGCUGUGGAACAAACGUAAUGAGGUUUUUAAAAUAAAAUAGUUAUCUCAAUAUUCCUUGAAUUUCACAAAUUGUAAAAUACUGCCUGGAUUUGGUAUGGUGUGAAGUUUAUUGUUUGCCUGGAUCAAGUUUAUGCAGAUUUUGUGCUAUAACUAGUAUUUCAGAUUUAUCUUUUCUGUAUUAAAGUACUCGCUAUUGAAGCUGUACCUUCCAAUUUUGAUACUG